UGCGAGACUGCUGCCCUGUGACGUUCGGGGCGGACAAACCGGUAUCGAAUGCGGCCAAUCCAACUGUAAGCAACCCUCAAACAAGUGCAACGGCUGGGAAUGCUGCCAGUACUAACCUGCCCACUGAGGUAGAUACCGAUAUUAAGCUGUCACGUACAGCGAGUGUCCUGUCAGUUUUCCCUGGCGGCACAACAGCACCGGGGCCUGUUGUAGGGGAGAAUGCUGACAACAAACAGGAG